CCCCCCACAAAACAAGAUGCCCGACCUAAUUGAGACUCGCUUCCCACCAACUCCAGGCGAGGAAAUUUGUGCAAUCUGCUACGAGCCUCUGCUCCACCCUAGCACAGAAGGCACAACCUUCCAAGCCUCUUCGCAGAUCCCCAUCUACCGGCAUGUUCAUUUCAGCAUCGACGACGUGGAACUCCCCUGCAAACACCAUUUCCACAUGAACUGCUUGAAAGACUACGCAAAAGUCAACGUGAAAGCAAUCGUGAGCUGCUCCUUCUGCCGCAACAUGAACAUGUCGUUCCCAUCAGAGCUAGUCAUCUUCACGAUGAGAACGGAAACCGGCCUAGAAUUCACCGUCGACUUCUACGCCUACAUGUAUUUCCAAACGCAUCAUCACAACGACCUCGAUCGGGAGAUACCAGACCACUUGCUGGUCGCCUUCACCGAGGCCGGAGAUGGAUACCUUGUCAAGACACGCGCAAACAUCGAAAAGUGGCGUCUACACGGAUUCUUCGUCUCGCUAAUGUCAAAGCAUUAUAAUUCCGCCGAGGAAUAUCUCCGGGGCGAGGAUCCACAUGCGCCGGGUCCGAUUGAUCCAGACUCUGUUGUGAAGGAUCUUGGUGUUCAGGGCUGCACCUCGUUGCAUUCUUUGGCGUACAUGAACGAUGCUCAGGGCGCUGAGUUGCUGUUGAGGUAUGGAGCCAACAUGCAAGUUACGACUGUGGAUGGUCAUACACCGCUUGACUUUGCGAUCCGGUACAAGGCGGAUGCAGUGAUCGAGCUGUUGCAGAGAAAGAAGCGGGAGGCGACUGAGGGAGAGGGGGAUGAUGUCCCUACGUUGGUUAGAGAUGAGUGA